UUUUGAUUCAUAAUUCCAGACUUUAAAUAAUAAUUUAAAAUAACCCGUAGAAGCCACCAUGAGCAGUCACCCCAAGUCUAAAAUCCAGAGGACAAUAAACCAAAAAGUAAAGAAUCUGAAUUAUGACAAAGAGCUUAGAUUCUCGAAUAGAGUGAGGAUACAUCAACCGGAAAUGAAAGUUCAGCAACAAGUCAGGGUAUUCUCUCCAAAUGCUACCCUAAGGAAUACUUAUAAUGAUGUGGACACCCAAAACUUUGAGCACUUAUAACCAAAAGACCUAAAUCAAAGAAUAAAGGCAAAAAGGUCAUCCUUAAUACUAACGGCUCCUCUGUUUCUGCGAGAUAUAGAAGCAGAAGAAUCAGGGCUAAAUCUGUUGUUAAAGAGAUACCCAAUAUCUCUGGAAACUUAAUAAAGAAUAAAAUCAGGAGGUUUACAGAAUACUCAAUCAAACCAAAUCUUGCCAAGACUUGUAAGAGGAAAUUCAGUCAAGAAACUACAGCUGCUGUAAGAAAAGAAACAAAAGCAUUAAGAAAUCAGAAAAGAAGGAUGAAACUUAUUAACACUACUCUUACUAAAAGAUUCAAGACUCCUUCCAACAUUGAUAGAAGAACUCCCAUGUUGAAAGAGUUGUUCCAAAGAGGAGGCUCAAGGAUGAGGAGGAAGUCAGAGACAAGGUUAAAUACUAGGAGGAAGCCUAUACCUAAUUCAACCAUGACUAUAAAUGCUUCUAAUCUUAACCAAAAACAAAGAAAUGGACAAGGAAAUAAUAUGACAGUGGUCAUAAUGGCUUUGGAGAACACUCAACAAUUAUUAGACGUUCUUGGAAAUAUAACUCCUGCAAUGAGAGAUAUGCCUAACAGCACUACUUCUAGAGAGAACCAGAGUGCAAGGAUCGGGAAGAAGUGAAUCAAGAAUAUGAAAUCUAAAGUUUCUAAUAAUAAAAGAGAUCUCCAGGAUAAAUACCAUGAUAGCCAAAAACUAGCUCAAAAAGUUAAAAUCUCAAACUACUCGCUAAUGAAGAACAAUGUUAUCCAUGAUUUAAAGAUUCAGAGUAAGUGAAAAGGAGGAAAUAAAACUACAACCACUCCGAAAAGAGGGAGUUGAGAAAGAAACCAAGUUGGUUCAGCUACUAAUAAAAAUGAAAACCUCCCAGAGAAGAAUCAAGCAAAUACAAGCUUAGAAAGAGAGGAUCUUGACCCAAGCGCCAUCCAGAAGAAAACUGAGGAAAGUGGAAAGAGAACAUGCUCUAUUACUCCAAAUGAGUCGGAAGAUAAGACCAAAUUGAAACCUCUCAAGAUAGACAAUCAUAUCAAAUUGAAAAAUUCAAGUCACCAAAAUUUUGGCAAUCCAAGAAGGAUCAAAAUCAGUAAAAUUUCAACUGCUCGUAAAAAGGAGUUGAAAUCUAGAAAAGAAGGAAGUAAUCCUUCAAAGAAGGAAUGAGGGAGCAAUAUGGAUGUAUUAUCUCCUCAUCACACAAAAACCAAACCUAAGAAGGACAUUAACAUGUCUGAGUCAAUUCCUUUGUCUAGUAACAAAUGAAGUUAUGAGACUGAACAAGCCAAACUAACUGAGAAGAGGUUUUAUAUCCGCCCACAAUCUUCUGAGUUAAACCAGACUACAAUCAAGGCUAACUCUAGCUUGAAUGUGAGCUUUGCCAGAAUUAAGUUCAAGAAAGAAAAAACUUCUGGUAGAGAAUCUGAUAAGACAUCUAAAAUAUUUCAACAAGAUCUGAACCAAAGCUGCCCAGGCUAUAGCAGUUCCGAUAGAAGAAAUAAAAUUGAGAGUAAAUUACAGAAAUUUUUGAUCAGAAGGAAGAAACUGGAUCGUAUUGGGAUUGAAUCAGAUCAUGUUCAACAGAAAAAUCCAUGAACUCCAACACAAAAAGAUUCAGGUUCUGCCCUUCAGAAGAGGAGAAAGUUGAGAAGACUUAAUGAAGACCUCCAAGAUUCAAAACUCAUCAUUGAAGUUGAAGAGUCUGUAGAAAAGUCUCAUGAUACUAGAGAUAGUCGUCAAAGAGUUCUUCAAAGAGGUCAUCAUAAAGCCAGGAAUAAUAAAAUAGUGACUAUUGAAGAUGAAUUGAAAGCGACUCAAGAUAAUUGCACUGACCAGGAAUUUGACCUUAUUGAAAAAGAAGAACGUAAGGAAAUAGCAUCCUCAGAUGCACUUCAAAUCACUGAAAAUGAGGAUACAGAUAGGCUAUUUGUAACUUCAAAGGUUGGACUAUCUAUGGAUAAACACCAAAAGUUGGAGAAAAGGAAGGAAAUUAUAUUUCAAAGUAUUAAUGAAUCAGCCAACAGUAUUCUUCCUAUCUUAGAUGACCAAGCUAGAAAUGCUCCUAUUGAAUUUCAUUGCAGGUUUACCUCUGAAAAUCCAAUCUUAAACAAUGAAGAUGGAGAUGAAUCCAAACAAGCAACUCGAAAUAUGCAAAGAAAAUACAAAAACUCUGACAUCAAGCAGCUAAUUCCUUACCAAGAUAGUGUUCAAGACUUAGUAGAGAUUAAAGAUUAUAACCAUGACUUAUCUGAGUCAAUUCCAAACUUAAUUUAUGAUUUAUCUCCACAAACCAUAAAAGAAGAGCCUGAUCCAGUAAUCUCCAAACAUCUAGCAGAGCUUGAAACAGAGGCUAUAAAACAAAGGAAGUUUUUCAACGCAAAAGAUCUUGGAGCUGGCUUCUAGUGCCUUCUAUUUUACUAACUUAACAUAUUUAUACUG